UCUCUCUCGACACGGUUCAAAGUUACGUUUUGAAACAGCAGGGAGACGUCGACCAGUAGGUAAUGUUUUGUUUAAAGCUCUAAAUGACUCAGACAUCAACGCUGUGACCUCUGCCGAUAGACCCCCCUACAUUAGAGGGGACCCCGCUGUGUCUGUGUGUGUUGAGGAGCUGCUGGAUUCAGUCUUUUUUGGAUCCAGGUUCGUGUUUUUUUCCGCUGGGUUUCGGCAGUUUCACGGACGCUGGGAGGAACGAUGGGUGAGAGAUGUGGCUGGCUGUGGAGAGCAGCAGGUCUAGAUCCUGCUCUCCGACUCCAGAGCUGAGGAGCUGCAGAGGAGCAAGGAGUCUCCCCAGCCCACACCUGUAUAUCACACCCAGACUCCGCCCUCCUGGCUUCCAUCUGGCUGCAUCAUUUUCUUUGACUUUCACUGAGAUUUUAAAGAAGUAGAUUCAGUCAAAUCUGAUUCCAGCCUCGCAUCAAACCCCCUAAAGGUGGUUUUAUGUCCUCCUGACUCUGAAAACACACCCGCAAACCAUGAGGAACACUAGAUCCAGCCUGCUGCUGGGCUGCGUGCUCUUCUGCUCCGCCUCCUUGCUCUACCUGGGCAUGAGCGGGACAGAGUGCCCCCCGAAAAGCCAUCGCUACCGGUGGAUGGAGCUUAACCUAGGCUCGGCCAAUCAGAGCAUGUCUCUGACCGAACACUUUCCCGAAGACACGCCCCUCAUCUUCAUCGGAGGUUUCCCCAGGAGCGGCACCACGCUGAUGCGUGUCAUGCUGGAUGCCCACAAUGCCGUGCGGUGCGGAGAAGAGACCCGAGUGAUUCCCCGACUCUUGACAAUGCGGGCCACCUGGAGCCGCUCGGUUAAGGAGAGGAUACGACUGGACGAGGCCGGCGUCACUGACCAGGUGCUGGACGCAGCCGUGCGAGCGUUCCUGUUAGAGGUGAUAGUUGGCCAUGGGGAGCCCGCUCCUCGCCUUUGCAACAAGGACCCGUUUGCCUUGAAGUCUCUGUCGUAUCUGUCACACAUCUUCCCCAAAGCCAAAUUUGUGCUCAUGCUACGAGACGGACGAGCGACCGUCCACUCCAUGAUAUCACGCAAGGUGACCAUCUCUGGCUUCGACCUGACCAGCUACAGGGACUGUCUGACCAAGUGGAGCAGCGCGGUGGAGACCAUGUAUAGCCAGUGCCAGGCGGCCGGGGAAACCCGAUGUCUGCCCGUACCCUACGAGCAGCUUGUCCUUCACCCAGAGGAGGAAAUGAGGAAAUUGCUUAACUUCCUGGAGCUGCAGUGGGACCCGUCAGUGCUUCACCACGAAGAGCUGAUUGGAAAAGCUGGCGGUGUAUCUCUGUCCAAGGUGGAGCGCUCCACAGAUCAGGUGAUGAAGCCGGUGAACACUGAAGCCCUCUCCAAAUGGGUGGGCCAAAUUCCCUCCGACGUGGUGAAAGACAUGGCUGAAAUCGCUCCCAUGCUGGCUCGUCUAGGCUACGACCCACACGCUAACCCCCCCGACUACAUGAGAUCAGAGCUCAUGGUGCCUAGGUUCAACCACUCACAGAGUUUGAAAGCAUCAGAAAAUCCUCACCCCAGUUAAGCGGUAAAAGGACAACGGCAUGAACUCGGCUCCACUGGUCGACCACAGGGAUGCCCCUUAAACAGACUUCCAGUAAAGCAGUAAACGCACCUCACAGGGACAUUUUUUUAAAGUGUAUUUUUUGAAUUGUUUGUAAGACUUGUGUGACAGUGUCAAUGUCUAUACACGGGUAGAGUGUUUAAAUGCGGACUCAUCAAGCUGUGUGGGGGUUUUGAUCUCUGCUUCUGCAUCAUUUGGACUACCUGCUCAGGGAAGUUCGCUUCUCACUCACUAACAUCCACGGUGAACCGACAUUUUGCAUUUUGACGUGUCCUCUCACCUUGUACCUGAAAGUAUUUCAAUGUGUCUGUCAGUUGUUAUGACUUCACCACAAAUGUGAAUUUGUCUCUAGAUGAAUCUCUCACUCACUGAGACUCAGUCAGUGUUCACAAAGCAUAAUGACUGUAUAUUUUUGAAGAUGUAUGUUUAUUUUCUUAAUAAAUUAUUUUGAUGUUGGACCAUUCAUUCAGGAAUUUGAAGUUGUAAAUUCUGGAUUAAGGCUUUUUAAUCGUUGUAUAUUGUUGAACAUGAAUUAAAAGCCUAAAUGUCACCUUGUAA